AUGGGUACAUCGUUCAAUAAACAAAGUGACAUAACAAUGGACAGUCCUAACAGUGAAGAAUUGAAGAACCAAGAUCAAUCAAACAGCAGCAGUAUGAGGCCACUGUCCAUUGAAGGUCCCUCCACUUCCAACAAUGUGUCCUUACAGCCAGUACUGGAUCAGCCAAGGCAACCGACUAACUUACAAGGACUGCUCACAUACUGCAUGAGCGCGACACAGGAUACUGAGAAUACGGAGAAUAAAUCGCAGAUUUAUCCAUUAGACGAACAAAAAAAAACCUUCCUCAACGAAGCACUGUCUUCGUUAACAGUGAACGUGAUAGAGGAGCUCCAAAAAGCUGUGCGUGUCCUGUCGAACGUCCCGAAUCUGCGAGCCGACGACGACGUAUCCGAUUAUGAGAACGCGCUCGAGGGAAUAGCAGACUUUGUGGAUGGUGUCGACAUAGCCAACGAUUUUUAUAAAAUCGGUGGCUUCUCCGUGUUCAAACCGUGCCUGAACUCGUCGCACAGCAGCAUCAGAUGGCGGAUCGCCGACAUCAUCGCCGAACUCGCACAGAAUAAUCCAUUUUGUCAGGAGAAGAUAUUGGAGACCGAAGUGUUUCCCACUUUAUUGCACAUAACUGACACAGACCCUUCCGAGCAAGCGAGAAUCAAAGCCUUAUACGCAGUAUCAUGUAUAGUCCGAGGACACGUGGCGUCGUUAAAAUAUUUGGCCGCAAACGACGGCUAUUCGGUUCUCCUGCGCGCGAUGCAGAGCCCGAUCGAAAAGUUACAGAUAAAAUCAGCAUUUUUACUGUCCAGUAUGUGCAGUAAAGAGGACUCGAAUGAUGUGAAAAAUAUUUUGACAACAAUGGGGUUCAUAGAACAGACGGCAGUGCUGUUGAGUAGAGCAAAUUUACAACCGACGGUCAGGGAACAACUAUUGAGAGCGCUCAGUGCUAUGACGUGCGACAACUUGCCCGCGCUCGUAGAGUGCCGGCGGCCGGAGUUAUGUUUAAAAUCGAUUUUGGAGCAAUUACUGGCGGAAUUGAACCCCGAAGAAAAUCAGGAUGAAAUUGGCAUCUGUACCGAAUUGCUGGACACAGUGUUUUUCGAGCACAAUUCUAAUCAGGAGAGAUAACAAACUUAAUGUCAUAGUCUUUCCUUUGAAUGAUGAUUAUUGUAAAUUAUUAUUACAUAUUUCGUUCUAGAAGCCUAAUAAUGCGUGAUUGUAACUUUGAACAUUUAUAAAUUCAAUUAAUACACAUAUUUACAUAUAAUUGAAAAAAUAAAAUUACAUUUUUAU